AUGAGAUCUGAUCUUUUUGGAUCAUAUGCUGAAUCGUCAUGUGCUGCCCUUGUUGUUGCCUCUAUAUCUUCAUUUGGAGUCAACCAUGAUUUUCCUGCAAUUUGGAUUGCUCUCCCUUUGACAUUCACGAUUCAGUUUUGGGGUGACCAGAAGCAGGCCAAAAGCUGUACUGUACAAGAUGGGCCUGAUUCUUGCCGGACUGGAGCUGCUACUAGUGUCAUUUUCGGACUGGCUUUAGGAUACAAGUCUGUCAUUAUCCCAAUUUUUGCCACUGCUGUCAGUAUAUUUGUUAGAUUUAGUCUUGCUGCCAUCUAUGGUAUUGCUGUUGCUGCUUUAGGCAUGCUGAGCAGUAUUGCUACUGGUCCGGCCAUUGAUGCCUAUGGGCCCACCAGUGACAAUAUUGCUGGAGGCAUUGCUCAGAUGGAUGGAACGAGCCACAGGAUUCAGGAGAGAACAGAUGCACUUGAUACUGCAGGCAACACCACCGCAGCCCUAGGAAGGAUAGUAGCUUUGGUAAAACUGCUACUCACAAGUUUCAGUGCUUUUUGUAUUAGCUUUUCUGCCAUUCAAGCAGCUAUUUCCACUGUGGAUGUUCUGACACCAAAGGUGUUCAUUGGGUUGAUUGUUGGUGCGAUGCUUCCUUACUGGUUCUCAGCCAUGACCAUGAAGAGUGUCGGCAGUGCAGCUCUGAAGAGGGUGGAGGAGGUCCGAAGGUGCUCUGGUGAUGCUUACACCCCUGAUCAUUGGAAUUUUGUGUCAUGGAAACCCUAUCUGGUGUUCUUGCUGGGUCUCUUGUUUCUGGUGUUCAGAUUGUUAUCUGAUCCUCAUCUAAUACUGGUGGUGCAUGGGACAAUGCCAAGUACAUCGAGAAUGGUAAAUUUCAAGAUAACAAAAUUGUGCUUGUUUAAACUUGGUUUACAUGAGGCUGGGGCAUCAGACCAUGCAAGGAGCCUUGGCCCUAAGGAAUCCGUUCCUCACAAGGCUGCUGUUAUUUGUGACACCAUCGGGGACCCUCUCAAGGAUACGUCCGGGUCGUCACCUAUCAAACUAAUGGUUGUGGAAUUUCUGGUGUUGGCACCAUUCUUUGCAACUCAAGGAAGUCUCUUGUUCAAGAUCUAA